UUUGCAAUCUCAUUCAACGAUUUGAAUCUAAUCAAAGUGUUUACAACAAUCAACGUUUUCGUUUGAUUGUUUUGUUUUUCUUCAUCUGUGAUAAUUUGCUCUCUGUAGUAAGCAAAUUAGUUGUGAUCACAAAACAAUCAACUUGAUCAUCUACAAUACACUAGGAACUAAUAUCUAACAUCAAAUCCUUCGCCCAUUGGGAUUAGUGAUUUAAUCGUAAACUUUGAAAGAUUGGAAUUGUUAAUUAUUCUCUUUUGUCGAAGAGAGAAAAAAGUGUUUUCCCAUUCGUUAAUUGUUCUAUCAAGGAUUCUGAUCAUCAGUUAUCGACAAUUAUCAUCAUCAUCAUCGUCGAUAAUCAUCAUUAGAUUUUCUUUUAAACUGAUCUAACCUCGAUAAGAGAGAAAUUAAAACUCGACAAACUCGAUAAUAUCUUUGAUUCGCUCUAAUACUUUUAGGUGAUUUAAUUGAUCGUUAACAAAUUUUUAUCUUCAUCAUUAUCAUCAUCUUGUUUUCUCAAUUAUUGAUAUUCAUACAUCUUAUUUACCUCAUCAAUAUCUCACCUUGAUAAUCAUCAUAAUUAGUAAAUUGAAUGUCAACCAACUGUAAACUCAAUCACUUGAAUAUUGAACAGAAAAAAAGGAAAGUAGCAAGUUAAAUCUUCAUCAGACCUAAUCAACAAUUAACACAAUCAAUUAAUCACGGAAUCAUUAUAACGGAAUUUUCUAACAUCAACCUCAUCAAUUCAUCUUUAUCAUCAAAUUUGUUUUGUUUUUUUCUUCGUAAAUUGUAACAAAAAUUAAAAAUGGAAGCCGUUUUUGGAAUGAUCAAGUAUUGGUGCCACGAUUUUUGGGAAAUCUAUGGUGACCAUCGUAUUAGUCAUUUGCCCCUUUUAAAGGGUGGACCUUGGCACGUAAUCGCAUUGACCCUUAUCUACCUUUACUUUGUUAAGGUUAUGGGUCCACGAAUGAUGAAAGACCGUCCACCCUACGAACUGCGAGGAAUCAUGUUAGCCCAUAAUACUUUCCUUGUACUUUUGAAUGGAAUCGGUUUCUUGGUGGGAAUGUGGGGAACCAAUUGGGGCUUGGAUACAUUAGAAUGUCGACCUUUUGACCCUUCAAGUUCGGCAACUCAAGAUCGAGUUCUAUUCUAUCUUGGUUAUACUUAUUAUAUCUCAAAGUUUAUCGAUUUUCUUGACACUGUUUAUUUUGUUCUUCGGAAAAAGUAUACCCACAUUUCCCCGCUCCAUGUUUUCCACCACACAAUGAUGCCUUUCUGGUGCUACAUUUUCUUCAAGUUUUCCUCUUACACCAAUAACGGUUUCAUCCCAUUGAUCAAUGCUUUCGUUCACACAGUUAUGUACUCAUAUUAUGCUCUCUCCGCUCUUGGUCCCCACAUGAAACCCUAUUUGUGGUGGAAAAAGUAUAUCACUCAAUUACAGUUAGUACAAUUCUGCUUCGCGACUGUCCACUCACUUUACAUGUUCGCCGAUCAAACUUGUACCUGUUCCAAGUUCCUCAUCUCUCUUCAAGCUGCCCAUGGAAUCCUUUUCCUUUUCCUGUUCGGCGAUUUCUACAAACAGUCUUACACGCCAAAGGUUCAAACAUCAACUUCCACCAAAGCAACUCGACCAAUUAGUUCAUCUAAAAAAGUAGCAUCUAAAGUUAAUUAAAUCGUCCGAAAAUUAAUAACAAACAAAAAGAGCGAGAGAGUGAGUGAGUUUAAGAGAAACAAAAUCAAUUAGGAUUAAUCAUCAAUCCAUCAAACCAGAUUAAGGAAUUAAACAAUAAAUGGACAUUUAAAUGAUUAUGGAUUAACAUGGAAAUCUCUUUAUUCAAACAUCAACAAUUCAUUCAUAAAACAAAACUUUUAUUUUUACCGUUAUAUUGAUCAAAACAACAACAACAACAACCUUUUGAUAUAUCAGGUUAAUUGUAGAUUAAGUUAAUUAUCCUGACAAGACAAUCUGAUUUGUUAAUUUUUCCUUCCCUUUGACAGACAAAUAUACAAACUUUAUAAGUCUAUUUAUUUAUUUAUCUGAUUAUUGUUUUGCUAAAUUUUGUUAAUCAAUCGAAAUGUUUUAAUCAUCAUCGAACUUUUUUUUUUCUUUAUUAGAACUAUUUUACUUUUCUCCUCUUCCCCCACUUCUCAUGUUAUAAAUAUAUGAAUGGACAUUAGUGACCAAUCAAUCUGCUCAUAAACAUCGCCAUCAUCAUCGCAAUCGCCAUUUUAUCAUCAUCAUCAUCGCCGUCGUCGUAAUCAUAUUAAUUAAUUGUCUUCAAUUUAUAUAAGAUCAUCAUCAUCAUCAUCACAAUUGAAAAUCAUUUUCACGUUAAAACAGUUUUUACUUAAUUGCUUGAAACUUUAUAAUGAGCAUUAAAAUCAAAUUGACAACAAUCAA